UCCACGACGCGACGCCCGCUCAUGGACACCGACGACUCCCAGCUGUAUCAAUACAGCACCCCUCAGCACAACAACAGCUUCAAGCGCCCGCGCCGCAGUCUCCAGAACUCGACUCCCUUGAGCAGUGUCACCGAAAGCGCGUCACCCUCGCCGCGAUUGUCCGGCAACGCUGCCUCCUUGACCUCGGAUGUCAUCGAACACAUCAAUGGCCUGAAGCAUCUCGACGAUAAAUCCAUCCUGCUCCUGCUUGAGGCAGCCCGCAGCGGAGAUCGCAUACGCAUUCCUGGCCCGGACCGGUCUUCCAUAUCAACGCUGGGUAGCCGAGCAUCUUCGUAUUUGAGCGUGCCAUCAAGCAGGGCUAGCAUUCUCUCUGACCCCAGAUCCUCCAUCGCCUCCACCGACUCUUCCUUCACCCACUACAGCGCCGCCUCCUCCAGACUCUCAACCGCAUCCUCGCGCCUCUCCACCAUCUCCAACACCUCAGCUCCCAAGAACUUCGCCUGCACCUUCUGCGACAAGGCCCUCAAGUCGAAACCCUACUGGAAAUCGCACGAGGAGGAGUUCCACGAGCAGCGACUAACAUGGAGAUGUCCGGACUGCGAGCAGAUUUUCCACGCCGGAAAACGGUUCCGCGAGCAUCACACCAAGCUCCACGGCUGUGAGAACUGCAAGCAACCGCGAGAAAGCGGCCAACCCACCAGCCGUAAAGCGUCGCCUUGUGUCAAGAAGUAUGAAAUUGUCAUGCACGACAAGGACGCUUGGGGCUGUGGAUUCUGCGCCUGUCUUUUGACCACGUGGGAAGAAAGAUGCGAGCACAUCGCCAUGCAUUUCGAGGAAAAGAAGAACAAGUGGAACUUCACCAAUGUCAUUCUUGGCCUUCUUAAGCAAACGGACGUGUCGGAAUCCUGGAGCCGCCUCAUGACCCAGAGGCACGGCGAGGAGCAAAACUGGCCUCGUUUGACAUGGGAAUCCAAAAAGUGCAACCGUUUACGAUACAAGCUCGAGACCAAGUGGGACACGCGCGUGUUUGACGUCGACAAGAUCGUAUCCGACACCUAUGAUUUGGCCGAGAUCGAACCAAACGAUGUUCCUGAGCCCGUAAAUGAGUCUACGCCCGAGGUUCCCGAUCUGACGGACGGGUCAGACAUUGUCGACUGCAAGAUGGAGCCUUACGAUUUUGCCAACGAUCAUCGACUCUCCAGCUCUCAUGGCAUGGGAGGACCUGAACAGGCUUUGAUGGAUCUCGAUCCGGUGGAGCCAGCGCAGAGUAUGCACCAAGACAUGCAGUCGUCUCAAUGGCCCGUCACUAGCGACAUGUCCCACGCGCCUAUGAGCCAAACGAGUAUGACCACGGACCACAACAUGGGCGCUUUCGCAGAGUUCAACCCUCAAAUGACCCAAAUGCCAACAGAUUUCUCCCAGCCGAUGAAUCAAGGGUUCCAAUCUGGCUGGCCGAACGCGGGCUUUGUGUCGACGCCCGAUCUGGUCAACUUCCAGCAGCCGGGUCCAUACAUGAACUACAACCAGCCCCCCAAGGAGGUUGUGUCGGUUCCCACGUCGCAGUAUGCCAACUUUUCGCAAUUCCCAAGGCAGAGCGUACCGCCAAACUUCAUGCACCACGCACCUGACGCAAGAGAUUCGCGUCGCUACGUUCCGAAGCUGAUCAGCAUACCGUCCUCGAGCCGUCCGUCUUCCUCGGCGGCCAUGGACCACCCCCCUCCACCGCCACCAAAGGAUCCGCACAUGAACCGCUUCUCUCGUAUGAUCCUGCGUAGGCGUCCCAGCAACAUCUCUCAACACACAGUAGUAUCGCAACGAGACAUUGGAUGGAACGACGAACUUCAAUGGGGUUGA